AUUUCCUUCAAGAAUUCAGUAGCUCCUCCAAGCUACUGAAUACUUUUCGCGUUCAUUUCCAUUGGACAAAGUUUUCUCUUAUUCGGUCCAGUGAUGGAGCCCAUGGCGAAGCCAGUUGCCAUGGACUUGAGUGAUUUUGAGAUCAUCGACGGACCUGAUGACAGCUCUGACGCCUACCUACCUCAUCAGCCCAGCAAGGGCGAGGCCAACUCCCCGAAUACCCGAAUGGGUACCAUCUACAUCGAGGCCCAGGUGAAACCCGCUUAUACAGGGAGCCUGUCAGAGCUCACGACCAAGGUUGAGGUUAUCUUUCGAUCACAAUGUAUUCAUGCUGUAGAGCUUGAUCACGAAUUGAUUGGCGACGACUUGUAUGCAGAGUGUUUUUUUCCGGAUUGCCUCCAGUCCCUCAAAGCAGUCGAGCUUGUCGGCGCAGAUGAUGACUGCCGAUAUAUUUUGGUGAAAGAGUAUAUGGUUCAGAUCAAUUGUUACGCGUUGGAAGAUCGCAAGACAGUAGAAACCGAUGAAGCUCUGUCUAUGUGUGGCGAAGCCAUACUCCUUCCGAGUGCUGAAUUUGAUGAUGCUUGGGACAGACUUAUCUUCGACGAGGAAAUAAAGCAAAAACUUGUGGUUUUCAUGACGAAUCUCAUUGGGUUCUCAUACAGACCCCGCCAAAGCCCGCAGUCAACUGUCAACCGACUUGUUCUUCUAUCAGGUCCGCCUGGCACAGGAAAAACUUCAUUGUCCAUCGGGCUUGCCCAGAAGCUCGCCAUAAGGCUCAACAAGACAUUUGGAGAUGCGAUCCUUUUGCAGCUGAAUGCCGCAACGCUAUUGUCCCAAUACUUUGGACAGAGUGCCGUGAAGAUCCACUCAAUCUUCGAAGCCCUUGCGUCUCAGUCGUCAGAAAAACCGAAGACUCUGAUAGUGCUGUUGAUUGACGAAAUCGAAAGUCUUGCGGCCUCUCGCGAAACAGCCAGCGCUAGGAAUGAGGUCCACGAUGCUGUGCGCGCUACAAAUGCACUUCUCACCGGAUUCGAUAUGGUAAAGAAUAACGCCAAUGUGCUCAUUGUAUGCACCUCAAACCUUAGCGAUUCACUUGAUGCAGCAUUUGUCGAUCGAUGUAGUCGGCAUAUCAUUAUACCCCAGCCUGCUUUGGCUGCUCGGUAUGAGAUCCUACGCCAAAGUAUCAACGGGCUUAUAAAACGUGAGGUUGUCGAGGGCCGCUUCACCCAAUUACCUACAUUCAAACGUGCGGAGUACAGGGGCGCACUUGAUUAUAAAACGGACGGGUGCGCUCUCCGGCGUCUGGCCCAUAAACUUGAGGAUACUGGCCCAAUUGGGCAAGUUGUGAGCGCACGUUGGCUCAGCCAGCUGGCCGAAAUAGCCCUGGCCAAUGAGCUCGAACCAGGCGCACUCUGCACAGUCACCGAUGCUGUUGCGCUAAUGGAUCGGUAUGUUGAAACUAACUGUGAACGCAAAACUGGUGGACCUAAAAGUGGUAAAAGGUACCAAAACGAGUUGGACCAAGAGUGCUCCGAUACAGAAAACGGGUGGCAUAAUACAGCGAAGAAGCGCAAGUGUCAACCCAGAUAUGGAUCAUCGCAUAAGCAUGCAGAGCUCUAUAUGUUUGGAGAUACAGAUCCAGAGGAUAUUGUGGGUAUAGCUGUUGGCGAACUCGAGAAGUUACGCAAAAAGACGGGCAACAAAAUCACGAAGCCGUCGCCGGCGGAAGCAGAGAGAAUAGCAGAUAUGGUCCAUGAAGAAUGGGCGUCUCGUGGCGGAUGCUUGUGUAGUGCUACGAUCCGGCAGAUAGCUCUCGAUUAUGUCGAACAUGGCAUAUCGGUCGAUAAGUUCGGGUUUUGUUAGAUGUACAGGGAGGUUGUUGCUGAGGCCAUCUAUUGCUGGUGCUUUCGGUUGGCUUGUAGCUGUGAUUAUUAUUGCUGGUGCUUUCAUAUCCUAUUAUGGAGUUCACAAACCUUUAUUCUUGGCCUGUAGUUAGUCAUUUUCACGGGACUGGUCUCUGCUUUAUGUUUUGGGCAUUUGCUCGCGCCAAUUAACAAGUCUUAUACACUUGAUCUGAAAUUACACCCAAUACGAAUAUUUCAGGAGCUUUCAUAUAUCGUUUUUGGCAGCAGCAUGAUAUCAUUUGAC